AGGGGGCUGUGGUGCCUUCACGUUUUUCGGCGCGCUUUCGACAGCAGAGCAGCAGAGCUCACUGUGAAACCGGAGAACCGGGUGGGUGGAAGGGUUAGCGGUCGCUCGGUAACCUGGGCUGGUACCCUUGGCUACUAUUGUGAUUAGCAACCGUUGGUAGUUUCCCGGAGGAAGUAACCACAGGGCAAACGUUUGCCUGCAACUGGCGAUCUCCAUCUUUGAAAAAAAGCCGGAGGAGUAAUGCGAGUGGGGGAGUGAGUGAGAGAGAGGCAGGCGUCCCCCGUAGGACAUCGGGAGGCCAAGCAAGAAUGCUGGAGGCGGACGCAGACGCGGCAGGUGCGGCGUCCGAGCGAGAGGAAGCGGAGAUGGGGAGCGGAGAUUUGAAGACGGAGGUGGUGCGGCUAACCCUGGAGCUCCAGGAGGCCACGGAGGAGAAGCUGCAGGCCGCCCGCUACGGCCUGGUGGUGCUGGAGGAGAGUGCCGCUCUCAAGAAGAAACAUAGGCACCUGGAAGAGGAGUGUGAGACUCUGAAAGGGGAGCUGCAGCAGCUCAGAGAGGCAUUCGCAGAUUCUGUAAGCAGCCAAAAACGUGCAGCUGCUGAUGGAGAAUGCCGGGAGGAGGAUCUGCUACAGGAGACGGCCUCUAAGGAGGCUGCCAUGGCAACCCGCCUUGAGGAAGUCCAGGCAGAGCUCAAGCAAGCACGCCUUGCUCUGAGCAACGCACAUGCAGAGAUCGAUAGGCUGGGGGUGGUCUCCACCCAGCUAAAGAAGGAGUGCGAGUGUCUGGAGGGCGAAAAGGGCCAUCAGAGGGAUGAGAUGAAGGAAUAUAAAGUACGGGAGCUGCGCCAGUUGCAGGACAACAGCGAAUUAGAAGAAGAAAACACAUCUCUGCAAAAACAGGUGUCUGUACUGAAGGAAAACCAGGUGGAGUUUGAAUCGAUAAAGCUGGAGCUGACCCACAAGAACGAGGAGCAGGAGGAGCUGCGAGGUCAGAUGGAGGAGGCCGAAAGGCUGAAGGAGAUCGCAGAGCGGCAGCUGGAUGAGGCCCUGGAAGCCCUGAAGGAGGAGCGGGAGCAGAAGAACUGCCUGCGGCGAGAACUCUCCGCCCUGACGCUCAACCCCUUCGAAUCCGUGGGAAACCUGGAGCUCCACUUGGACCAGCUGGACGACAGCCAGGAGGAGGGCCAGGGAGGGGAGGGAGAAGGUGAGGGAGAGGAUCAGGACAGCGGCAUUAAUAAUGGUCCUGGUUCUGCUCCCGAUUCUGCUCGCCCUCCUCACUUGGGCGGCUCCAAAAGCAACGGCCUCAUCCAGCGCUACUCCACUCCACGCAGCAGCGACGUGUUCCUGCGCGCUCCCGCCUCCGGGCUGGUGUCGGACCUGCUGAGCGAGCUGCACUUCUCCGACAGCCAGAAGCUAAAGCAGCAACUCUUGCAGGCAGAACGGGAGAAGUCCAGCCUGAUCAGCAAGGUGGAGGAUCUGCAGCUGCAGCUGGUGGCGUCCAAACAGGCGUUCAGUCAGCAGGAGGACAAGCUCGGAUCGCUCACGCAGCAGCUGGAAGCCGCGCAGAGCGGCCAGCACCCCAAGCACGAGGCGGGCGACGGCGACCCGGAGAACGGAGACGCCGUCUUUGACUACGAGGUCGACACCAAGAGCAAGGAGGUGCUGGAGGCUCGAGUGCGCUCCGCCAGCGAGGAGCUUCUGAAGCUGCGGGACGACCUGUCCCAGGCAGGAGCUCGCUACAACACCCUGGAGCACCGGUACAAGCAGGAGAAGGACCGGUGGCGGGCGGAGGCCCAGGAGCUGGCCGACAAGAUCCGCCAGUGCAUCAAGUCCAGCAAGCAGGACCAGGAGCGCAUCGGCGAGCUGGAGAAGGAGAUCGGAGCCACGCGGAAGGUGGCCAUCGAUUCGGAGGGGCACCUGAGCGUCGCCCAGGAAGAGCUGCUGGCCUUCUCCGAGGAGCUGUCCAACCUCUACCACCACAUCUGCGUGUGCAACAACCUGACGCCAAAGCGAGUCACCCUGGACUACUACCGCGACGGGGCCCGGGCGGGCAUCGCGGGGGGUGGCCGCAGGUCCCAUUACGUUCACUCGCCGCAGAACUCCCAGAAGAAGACGCGGGCCAACGACGCGUUCAUCUCCAAAGCGUCGGUGCUGCAGUUCAUGGGGGAGGUGGAUAGCGCCGGAGCCAGCGGGGAGUCUCUCAGCUGCCCCGGAUCCCCCACGCUGGACUUCAGGGACCCUUCAAACGUCUGCAACUUGGUGGCGGUCAUCCGUUGCCAGAUCAAACACCUCCGGGUGGCAGUGGACCUCUGUCGUCAGAGGGGUGCGAUGCCGUACUCCGGGUUUAGCAGCAGCGGGGAGUCCGAGCGGGACGCUGAAAGCCUAAUGGAAGAAGUUUUGAAACUCAAGUCCCUUUUGAGCACCAAGAGGGAACAGAUUGCCACCCUGAGGACCGUCCUCAAGGCCAACAAGCAGACCGCGGAGUUGGCUCUGUCCAAUCUGAAGACCAAGUACGAGACGGAGAAGAGCAUGGUGUCUGAGACCAUGAUGAAGCUGAGGAACGAGCUCAAAGCCCUGAAGGAGGACGCCGCGACCUUCUCUUCGCUGCGAGUCAUGUUCGCCAGUCGGUGCGACCAGUACGUCACCCAGUUGGACGAGAUGCAGCGGCAGCUGGCAGCCGCCGAGGACGAGAAGAGGACCCUGAACUCCCUGCUGCGGAUGGCCAUCCAGCAGAAACUGGCCCUCACUCAGCGCCUGGAGGACCUGGAGGCGCCUCCGGCUUCCCACAGCCUGAACAGCAGCCCCCGCCGCUCCCGGGCCAAAGAGCUGGCCACCAAGUCGGGUCGGGCUCCUCGGAGCCCCCGAAACAGCCCCGCCCGGCCCCCGCUGAGGAGCAGCCCGCGAGCCAGCCCGGUGCUCGGCGGCAGCGUUACGGGGCUGGCCACGCACCACCUGCGAGGUUUGACCCGGAGUCUCCACACAAGCCCCGUAAGAACCGCUCUCUCUCUUUGCUCCGACGGGCCCGUGCAGACGAGCUCCCGCCGGGGCAAGCCCCUCCCGCGGGACGCCACCUUCAUUAGAAGUCACAGUGUAGGGGAGAUUUUUGACACAGGGUGGAGUCCCGGUUCCCCCCCAGCGCGUAAAGCCUCCACCAGUUCUGUUCCCAGCGAACUAACGGUAAAAAACACACAAGUCAGGGAGUCAAAGAAAGGUUUGUCUUCGGUCCCCGUACGUCAGGACACCUUCAUCACAACCCGCGUCGUACCGGCCUCUUCCGGCAGGCCCAAGUCUUCUUUGUUUUCUUUAUCCACAGCUAAUCUAACCUCUUCUAAAGCCUCGCGUGUGUAUCCUAACAAACCCGAAGCAUGGCGUGAGACUCGACUAAAGCCUGAUCUCGAAGCGUACUUAAGUACCUCGCUAGGAGGAAAGCAGUUGACUCGCGGGUCUGACUCUGUGCAAGCAGCGGCAGCUCGCAGCACGUUUCAGCCGCACGCAGCAGCCUCUUCGCCGCUGACCGCCGAAUCCCCGGCGGUCCCGGCAGCCGCAUCGCUCCGCGUGGACAAUCCACCGGGGAAGAGCAGGCUGGCCGGCGCCUUCAGGGAGUCUAGGCGCAGAGCGUCCGCCUCCUCAAGUAGAGCCACAGAGGAAUCGCUCCCCAGCGCCGGUAGGGGCUCCACUAGCAAAGCGCAGGGCACAGCGGCCCGGCCGCGGAGCUCGCACUCUAAAUCAUCCCGCAGGCGAUAAGAUUUAGGCUCAAUGCUAAGCUAAGCUUUCUCAAUAGCUGUACAUUGCCACUACAUAGCUACGUACUACGCUAUUAUACAUUUGUUCUGUGGUAUUUUGUUUAGAUUGACGCUCUUGCGGUUAUGAUUUGCUUUUAUACAUCUCAUGUACAUGUAGCUUGGAUCCUUUUUUAUAUGUUGUCAUCCUCAUUAUUUGUUUUUAAUUUGAAUUAAAUGUUUCUUUUGUGUCUCUGUGUGCCCCUGUCUCCGUAGCGCUGAAACACUCCUUCCAUCACUCCAACCUCCCUCUUCUCCAUAAGGACCUGUCUUCAUGUUGACUCCCUGGCUCCCACCUCCCACAGAUAUGACGCAACAUUUCCCCGUCUACCCACCACAACCAUGGAUGAAAAAAAAAAUGUUAAAAAUGUUAAAAAAAAAAGAAAAAAAAAAAGCUCCCACCUGGUUUUCUCUGCUCGGAUCGGAGAAACCUGCAUGCAGCCGGGAGCCGGACGGGGAGAGAAAUGUGCUGCUUGUUGCUCCGUGAAGUCAGUGACUGUCUUGUCCCGAGUGGAUCCAACGUCCCUCUGGUCUUGUUCAAGGCUGCUGUGUGUUGUGGUGAACCAGUGACAGUAUUUAUGCCAGAAGGAGGGGGGGGGGGGCGCAGCGUUUGCAGUGGUUACUGUCCUCAGACUGUGAUUUGACGGUCGCAGGCUGUACGUCUUUACACUGUUCCCUUUAGUCAGGCAUCCUUGGUCAGAUCGCUCUGGCGUAUCUUAGUGUCUGUAAGCCAUUAGAUCCCCUGUGAUAAACCCCCCCGAGUAGUUGAUUUUGUAGAACAAUGCAGCCUUACUAACAUAAUUUAACAAUCCCACACUGUUGUAUCGAGGUCUCCUCCUCUCACUGAUGGUGCCGUUUCUUGUCCUCUUUUGUUCUUGUUCCUGUGACGUGCCUGGCACUUUGGCUCUUGGCCGUUAGCCCCGCCCUUUAACUGGAGGUCAGUGAAAAUGCUUUUAGUUGAUGGAAAUCAAUCAGCCAUGAGUUCACCACCUCAGGUCAGGCAGAGUAAUCCGAUUCAUGAUUUGGGAGAUCCUAAAUGAGCAAAACUAUGCAGACCAUGUCAGGGCGAUGCCUGCGCGCUUCUUGCUGUUCCUUUGAGUCCCGAAGGGUUUUGAAUUUCAACUUCACUUAAGUACAUAAUGGUUUGGCUUCUCUCACCAUAAGCAGCUUUUGGAAACUUCUCUGGGCAUUGCAAGCAUCCCAUUGGCUGAAAUGUAGUCACCUUGUUUGGCUGUUGAUUUUAAAAGACCGCAUCACUGAAGAAUCCCAGUUCUGAUUUGAGCAAAAUCCGAACAUAUUGGGCCACGUGCAUUUCGCUUGGCUACAUAAUCAUAACAACAGUUCCCCAUUCAGCUUCUGCUACUUCUCACUCCUUUUGAGCAACUAAGCAACCAUGUUCCUCUUUUGUAUUCCAUCGCUUAAUGUAAACCCGCUUUUGUCUGCUACCAAAGUCAGCAUGUUGUAAUGAACUGGUAUUACCCACAACCCACUAGUUCCCCCCCCCCUCUCCCCCCCCGAGGCUGCGGCAUCAAUUGCGUUAGCAAUGUUAAUAGGGCUAACCGGCUACUGUUCCAGUUGCUACUUGUAGAACAAUGUGAUAUUGUCCCAUUAUUUGAAAAGCAUUACGCAGUGCUUUGCGUCUAUUGGACUAUUAUGACAUAAAAAAAAAAAAAAGAAUAAAUACAUACAAUAUUUCAAAGAGGCGUAACUGGCAUUGCUCUGCUAUAAGGAGCUCCACGACAAGAGUGGAAACGCAAAGAAGGAUAAAUGAUGUAUGUGCUCAUUAGGCAUCAGGAGUUUACAGAGUAGUUUGAUGGCAGAGCUCUGAUAUGAGGGCAGCAGCACAAACGCAGGCGUCUGAAACAAGACCUGCCUCGUUAAAUGCAGUUAGAAUUCAAUGAUUUUAAUUCACCUGCAGUAGACCGAUCAUGCUCAACUGUCCUGUGGUUUAGUAGAAGAGGCCACAACCUGCUGAUUUGUUUGAUUUUUUUUUUUUUUUUUUUUUUGUGCCUUGGUUUUGAUUUGGUCUGGUUUUGGAUUACAUCGAGUUUUCUAAAUCAAGGCUACUUUUCAACACUGUAGUAGUAAUUAUUAUUUUUUGAAGGAAUGUUUUAUUUACUUUGCCAUUAAGCAGUAUUCGCACUGAAUGAGGGUGUCAUUUUGUUAAAUAUUCAUAUUCACUUUUUAGCUUGCAUGCCUUAUAUGGACUCAUUAGUAUUAACUAAUGAACAAUUAAUGCAGAAAAUAAAGAACAUUAUGUAUCACAAGGAUGAAUUUCCAGGCUAAGAAGUGAAAAUGCUUUAACAAUAUGUCAUAUUUCUUCAAAGGUUGUAAAUAGAUUUCUUAAUCUAUUUAAUUCUGUGCAGAGGUGUGUAUAAUUUAAUUACCAUUGUUGUAUAAUAUUUUAACUGUAUUUAUGUGGUCUGGCUUCUGUGUCUGUAAAUUGUUAUAGAGGACGACGUGCACACUCCGCAUAACACAUCGGAUGGUCCCCAACUUUUGGUGUGGAAUCUCCUUUGACCUGUGAACCGCUUUAGUCAUGAAGAAUAAAAACAAGCCAACACUGUU